AUGACCAAAACAACCCACAAUAUUAUCAGUACUACAGAAAGAAUGGGGUCAGUGUCAUUCAAGGAUGUAAUGAUAGACUUCAGCAGGGAGGAGUGGCAACGAUUGGACCUUGCUCAGAAAAGCCUGUACAGGGAUGUGAUGCUGGAAAACUAUUUCAACUUGAUCUCAGUGGGGUGUCAAGUUCCCAAACCAGAAGUCAUUUUCAACUUGGAACAAGAAGAGCCAUGUGUGCUGGAUGGUGACAUUUCAAGUCACAACUGUCUCAAUGGGGAUAUUGGUUUUAAAACUUUACAGCAGGGAACGUCUAAAGAAGUUUCGAUACGGUUUGAGAAAAUUAAUCUCUUUACAAGAGAUGACCCAUAUUAUUCCAUUUUAGAAGAAUUGUGGCAAGAUGACAAACAGACGGAGAGAUGUGAGGAAUACCAGAACAAAAGUGUAAGUCAUGUCGCCUUUGUUGACAAGGAAACAGUAGCUAAUGAGAGAGACUGUGAAUAUAAGGACACUGGGAAAACUGAUCAUGUAAACACAUACCUUGUUCCUGCAAGAAAAAGACUCCAGAACUAUGACUCAUUUGGAAGGAGUUUGAAGCCUAUUGUAAGCUUAUGUAAUUAUAGAAACAAUGCAAUAGAAAAUCUUGAUAAGAUUAUUGGAUAUGGUAAUAUUUUCACUCCUAUGAAUUCUCAUACAGAAAUGAAUGGUUGUGAAUAUAAUCAGUGUAAGAAACUUCUGAGUCAUAAGCAAGCUCUCAUUCAACAUCACAAAAUUCAUACUGGGAAGAAUCUCAAUUUAUUUUCUGAUUCUGUAAAAAUUUUCACCCAGGGGUCACACCUCUUUGCACAUCAAAGUAUCUAUACUGAGGAGAAACAGCAUGAAUGCAGCAAAUGUGAGACAGUCUUCACUCAGAAGCCCCAACUUGCUGUACCUCAGAAGGCUUCUACAGGAGAGAAACCCUAUAGAUGCACUGAAUAUGAGGAGGACUUUUGCCUCAAGUCAAGUCAUGAGGAAACUCACACUGAGGAGAAUCACUGUAAAUGCAGUGAAUAUGGAAAAGCCUUUAUCCAGAAGUCAGAUCUGUUCAGAUGCCAGGGAAUUCAUAUUGGAGAAAAACCCUAUGAAUACAGUGAAUGUGGGAAAAAUGUUUCUCAGAAUUCAAAUCUCAAUAUACAUAAAAAAAAUUAUACUGGAGAGAAACACUUUGAAUGUACUGAAUGUGGAAAAGCCUUCACAAGGAAAUCAACACUAAGUAUGCAUCAGAAAAUCCAUACGGGAGAAAAGCCCUAUGUAUGUACUGAAUGUGGGAAAGCCUUUAUACGGAAGUCACAUUUUAUUACACAUGAGAGAAUUCAUACUGGAGAGAAACCUUACGAAUGCAGUGACUGUGGAAGAUCCUUUAUAAAGAAGUCACAACUCCAUGUGCAUCAGAGAAUUCACACAGGAGAGAAUCCCUUUAUAUGUACAGAAUGUGGGAAAGUCUUCACUCACAAGACAAAUCUCAUUAUACACCAGAAAAUUCAUACUGGAGAGAGACCUUAUAUAUGUACUGAAUGUGCAAAGGCCUUUACUGACAGGUCAAAUCUCAUCAAACACCAAAAAAUUCAUACUGGAGAGAAACCCUAUAAAUGCAGUGAUUGUGGAAAAUCAUUCACUUGGAAGUCACGGCUCAGGAUACAUCAGAAAUGCCACACUGGAGAGAGACAUUAUGAAUGCACUGAGUGUGGGAAAGCCUUCAUCCAGAAGUCAACACUAAGUAUGCAUCAGAGAAUUCACAGAGGAGAAAAACCUUAUGUUUGCACUGAAUGUGGAAAGGCCUUCUUCCACAAGUCACAUUUUAUUACACAUGAGAGAAUUCACACUGGAGAAAAGCCUUAUGAAUGCAGUGACUGUGGGAAAUCCUUUACUAAGAAGUCACAACUCCAUGUGCAUCAGCAAAUUCACACAGGAGAGAAACCCUACAGAUGUGCUGAGUGUGGAAAGGCCUUCACUGACAGAUCGAAUCUGUUUACGCACCAGAAAAUUCAUACUGGGGAGAAACCCUAUAAAUGUAGUGACUGUGGAAAAGCCUUCACUCGGAAGUCAGGCCUCCAUAUACAUCAGCAAUCUCAUACUGGAGAGAGACACUAUGAGUGCAGCGAAUGUGGGAAAGCUUUUGCAAGAAAAUCAACACUAAUUAUGCAUCAGAGGAUUCAUACAGGAGAGAAACCCUAUAUUUGUACUGAAUGUGGGAAGUCCUUCAUCCAGAAAUCACACUUAAAUCGGCAUCGGAGAAUUCAUACUGGAGAGAAACCCUAUGGAUGCAGUGACUGUGGGAAGGCCUUCAUUAAGAAGUCACAACUCCAUGAGCAUCAUCGAAUUCACACAGGAGAGAAACCAUUUAUAUGUGCUGAGUGUGGAAAAGCCUUCACUAUCAGAUCAAAUCUUAUUAAACACCAGAAAAUUCAUACUAAACAAAAGACCUAUAAAGGCAGUGACUUUAAGAAAGCCUUAAACUGGAGGCCACAGCUCAGGAUACAUCAGAAAUCUGACACUGGGAAAGUAGCAUGUCCAGUGCCACAAUCAUGGUGUGGGGAUACCAAGGAAUGA